AUGAGAGAUAACUUGUUUGAUCUUACUGUGAUGGCAAUUGUUACAGAAAAGCCAGACAUGAAGCAGAUUCAGGGAGUGCUAGCUUGGGAACAAUUUAGAUUUAAAUUUGGUGAGGAGAUUGUGAUUGAAAGAGCUAAACUUCUGUGUGAAAGGAUAAAGAAACAGAAGAGGAUCCUUUUCUUCCUUGAUGAUCUUUCUUCUGGAAUUGACUUGGACAGAGUAGGAAUCCCAUUUGGAAUUGACCAUACGGGUUUCAAAAUAGUUUUGUUCUCGGGGUGUCCAGAGGUAUUCUUCAACCAAAUGAACACUGCAAUGAAUUAUUUCACUUGA